UCACUCAUCUCCUAUCUAUUUAAAGCCCAUUCGAUAUCCUAAAACACUGUAUCAUCAAAAAAACACCUCAAAGAAUUAUUUAGGCAUCUCUCAGUUUUUGUGAAACCCACAUCAAAAGAUCUCUCCUUUUCGUUUCGUGUCUGCUGUUUUGAGUGUCGGGUUCGUUUAUCUGUAAUCAUUCUCCGGCGUUCGAUUUGGAAAAAUCCGGGAAACAGGUGAUCGGAAUCACGGCUAUACACGGGAUAUCACGGGGUGUUUGCUCUCAUGUCCAUAUUGUUCGACAGAAGGGUUGUUUAAUCGAAACUAAUCCUUUGCCGCACGGAGGACGUGGAGCUCUGCCGUCUGAAGGCGGCAGCCCUUCCGAUCUCCUCUUUCUCGCCGGAGGCGGUUCCACCUUCAACUUCUUUUCCUUUAGGUUUUAGGAGUUAGGGUUGUUGUUAGAGUUUUUUCCUUUUUUUUUUUUCUGCUGUUGAAUCGCUCUUUCUUGGGGGAAACUUUUUUAUUUUUGCUCUACGAAAGUUUUUCUUUUUGGAGAAUGUUGAAAAUCAAGAGAGUUCCGACCGUCGUUUCGAACUACCAGAAGGACGAUGGAGCGGAUGAUUCCGUCGGCUGUGGACGGAAUUGCCUCGGCGCUUGUUGCAUUAACGGGGCUAGGCUUCCAUUGUAUGCAUGUAAGAAUUUGGCAAAAUCCGGCGCCGUAGAGAAGCUUGUAAUCAGUAAUGAAGCUAAAGAGCCUCCUGUGGCUUUUCUCGAGUCCCUCGUUCUCGGAGAGUGGGAGGAUAGGUUCCAAAGAGGACUUUUUCGCUAUGAUGUCACUGCCUGCGAAACCAAAGUUAUCCCGGGGAAGUAUGGUUUCGUUGCUCAGCUUAACGAGGGUCGUCACCUGAAGAAGAGGCCAACUGAGUUCCGUGUAGAUAAGGUGUUGCAGUCUUUUGAUGGCAGCAAAUUCAACUUCACUAAAGUUGGCCAAGAAGAGUUGCUCUUCCAGUUUGAAGCUGGUGAAGAUGGCCAAGUUCAGUUCUUCCCUUGCAUGCCUCUUGACCCUGAGAAUUCUCCCAGUGUUGUUGCCAUCAAUGUUAGUCCGAUAGAGUAUGGGCAUGUGCUGCUGAUUCCUCGUGUUCUUGACUGCUUGCCUCAGAGGAUCGAUCACAAAAGCCUUUUGCUUGCAGUUCACAUGGCUGCUGAGGCCGCUAAUCCAUACUUCAGACUCGGUUACAACAGCUUAGGUGCUUUUGCCACGAUCAAUCAUCUUCACUUUCAGGCUUAUUACUUGGCCAUGCCUUUCCCCCUGGAGAAAUCUCCUUCCAAGAAGAUAACUACCACUGUUAGUGGUGUCAAAAUCUCUGAGCUUCUAAGUUACCCUGUGAGAAGUCUUCUUUUUGAAGGUGGAAGCUCUAUGCAAGAGCUAUCCGAUACUGUAUCAGACGCCUGUGUUUGCCUUCAGAACAACAACAUUCCUUUUAACAUUCUCAUCUCUGAUUGUGGAAGACAGAUCUUCUUGAUGCCACAGUGUUACGCAGAGAAACAGGCUCUAGGUGAAGUAAGCCCGGAGGUGUUGGAAACACAAGUGAACCCAGCCGUGUGGGAGAUAAGUGGUCACAUGGUACUGAAGAGGAAAGAGGAUUACGAAGGAGCUUCAGAGGAUAACGCGUGGAGGCUCCUUGCAGAAGCUUCUCUGUCGGCGGAAAGGUUUAAGGAGGUUAUUGCUCUCGCCUUUGAAGCCAUAGGUUGUAGUAACCACGAGGAGGAUCUUGAAGGAACCAUAGUUCAUCAGCAAAACCCAAGUGGUAAUGUUAACCAGAAAAGCAACCAAACCCAUGGAGGUCCGAUCACAAACGGGACGGCCGCGGAGUGCCUUGUCCUUCAGUGAACAAUAUUGUGACUUGGUGGUUUGUAUGUAUAAUUAAAAGCCUAAAUAAGCAAACUCUCUUUGUAGUUGCAUUCGAAGCUUCUUCGUUAUUGUAUAAUGGUUGUGGGCAUUUUGUGCCUCUAGACUCACUGGUUCUUUGUUUUUGUUAUAAGUUGGUGUUUAUGAAUAUAUAUGUUCUUCGCGAGGAUGAUUAUUAUUUGUAUAGAUUUGAUUGUUCGAACUC